AUGUUAUUCCUAUGUGUUUUUGGAUUCAGGCGAGCUCACACCUUAACUGUGCUGUUCAUCCUCACCUGUGCACUGGGCUAUGUGACCCUCCUGGAAGAAACACCUCAGGACACAGCCUACAAUACUAAGAGAGGUAUUGUGGCCAGUAUUUUGGUUUUCUUGUGUUUUGGAGUCACACAAGCCAAAGAUGGGCCAUUUUCCAGACCUCAUCCAGCUUACUGGCGGUUUUGGCUCUGCGUCAGUGUGGUUUAUGAGCUGUUUCUCAUCUUCAUUCUCUUCCAGACGGUCCAGGAUGGCCGACAGUUUCUGAAGUACGUGGACCCCAGGCUGGGAGUUCCGCUGCCGGAGAGGGACUAUGGGGGAAACUGCCUCAUCUACGACGCAGACAACGAGACGGACCCCUUCCACAACGUCUGGGACAAGCUGGACGGCUUUGUGCCCGCGCACUUCAUCGGCUGGUAUCUGAAGACGCUCAUGAUCCGGGACUGGUGGAUGUGUAUGAUCAUCAGCGUGAUGUUUGAGUUCCUGGAGUACAGCCUGGAGCACCAGCUGCCCAACUUCAGCGAGUGCUGGUGGGACCACUGGAUCAUGGACGUUCUCAUCUGCAAUGGUCUGGGCAUCUACUGCGGCAUGAAGACCCUCGAGUGGCUGUCUCUGAAGACAUACAAGUGGCAAGGCCUCUGGAACAUUCCAACCUACAAGGGCAAGAUGAAGAGGAUCGCCUUCCAGUUCACGCCCUACAGCUGGGUCCGCUUCGAGUGGAAGCCCGCCUCCAGUCUGCACCGCUGGCUGGCGGUGUGCGGCAUCAUCCUGGUGUUCUUGCUGGCGGAGCUGAACACGUUCUACUUGAAGUUCGUGCUGUGGAUGCCGCCCGAGCACUACCUGGUCCUGCUGAGGCUGGUCUUCUUCGUGAACGUGGGCGGGGUGGCCAUGCGCGAGAUCUACGACUUCAUGGACGACCUGAAGCCCCACAGAAAGCUGGGCCAGCAGGCCUGGCUCGUGGCUGCCAUCACGGUCACCGAGCUGCUCAUCGUCGUGAAGUACGACCCGCACACGCUCACCCUGUCCCUGCCCUUCUACAUCUCCCAGUGCUGGACACUUGGCUCUGUCCUGGUGCUCACCUGGACUGUGUGGCGGUUUUUUCUGAGGGACAUCACCUUGAGGUACAAGGAGACCCGGCGGCAGAAGCAACAAAGUGACCAGGACAGAGCUGUCGGCAACAGAGACGGGCACCCAGAGCCAGAUGAUGGCCUUGCAGAGCCCAGGGCGGCCGAAGAGGAAGCCACCAAGGAGGGGGCCUCGGCCUUCUGAGCCAAGGCCGCGGGGAGGGCCCCAGCCUCGCCCGCGGGUGGUCCCUUCCUCCUGUGGGAAGGAGGCCCAGUCCCUCUGUUUCCAGGUGUGCAAGGGAGUGCGUGUGCACAUGCGUGUAUCUGAGUGCGGGGCUGCCAAGCCGUCUUGGGGCCAAGUUGGCCAGCGUGGCAGGGACUCACUGUGGAGCACGGACCCAGCCCUGGCACGGCACGGGGAGGGAGACAUCACUCCCCAUGGAGUGGGCGGAGGCCCAGAAAGAUCUCGGCUCCCUCCCUCCGGGCUGCACAAGUGAGGGACAGGCGCUCAUCACCAAGAUGGCUAAAAAGCCAGACGGAGUGGCAGCACGGAGCCCUUUCCUCUUUCCUCCGGAGCCUCCACUUAGCCUGGAGGGUGUGUGGUGGGUUGGAGAUCACCAGACUGGCCCCUUGGCACCAUCAAGUCAGGAGACAUCUG